AGAUUUUCGCCGGCUAAGAACUGAAAUUGUAUAAGUAUUCGACUACCCAAUGGAUCAAAAUCGAAGACCCGUAAGCAUUCUGGAGUCGUUAGGCGAAGAAAUCAUCAGAAUCGUCACUCCUGUCUCCAUAUGCAUGUUCAUGGUCGUCCUUCUUGUCCGUGUCCUAAACUCCGAGCCGUCGUCUUCCGUCGCCUCUUUUUCUUCCAUCGCCACCGCAGCUUACGCCGAGAGUGAUUCCGACUCUUCCUGGGAUAAAUUGGUCGGUGCCCUUUUGAACUCUCUCGUGUUCGUCGCCAUCGUCACCGUCGCAACCUUCAUUUUGGUGCUUCUCUUUUACUUCAGAUGCAUUAGGUUUCUGAAAUUCUACAUGGGUUUUUCCUCUUUCAUCGUUUUAGGGUUCCUGGGCGGCGAAAUGCUGGUGUUUCUGAUCGAGCGUUUUAGAAUCCGCAUCGACUGGGUCACAUUUCUGAUUGUUCUCAUCAAUUUCGCGGUCGUCGGUGUCUUGGCCGUGUUCAUGUCAAAGUUCUCCAUUUUCGUCACACAAGGGUACUUGGUUUCCAUCGGAGUCUUGGUCGCUUACUUUUUCACGCUGUUGCCGGAAUGGACAACUUGGGUCCUUCUUGUCGCCCUGGCACUGUACGACAUUGCUGCUGUUCUUCUUCCUGUCGGGCCAUUGCGGCUCCUCGUAGAGAUGGUUAUAACUAGGGACGAAGACAUUCCCGCUCUGGUCUAUGAAGCUCGCCCGGUAAUCCGCGAGGAGUCGGGGUUGGCUCAAAGGAGGGUCUGGAGAGAACAAAUAACUCAACGGGAAAAUCACGGCGAAACUGCGAAUCAAGGUGGUGUAGAUACUUCAGUUGUUGGUGGAAACGCUAACCUAGACGAUGCGAGAUCGGUAGGAGCAGAAGAGGGCAUGGUUCCAGUUGAAAGUUCAAGGCUUUCUGUACAACUGAUCGAUCAUGGUGCCAGGAAUUCAGGACAGGUUGAGAAUUUUCUGGAAGGAAUCGGGUUAGGAUCAUCGGGAGCAAUCAAGUUAGGGCUCGGGGACUUCAUCUUCUACAGCGUUUUGGUUGGCAGAGCUGCAAUGUACGAUCUGAUGAUGGUUUACGCCUGUUAUCUGGCGAUCAUAGCCGGGCUAGGCAUCACCCUGCUGCUCUUGGCGGUUUAUCAGAAGGCACUGCCAGCUCUCCCUGUGUCAGUCAUGCUAGGUGUGCUGGCUUACUUCUUAACACGGCUACUACUCGAAGAAUUCAUUCUACAGUGUUCAUCUAACCUUGUAAUGUUCUAAAAGGAUCGUAAAUCCAGUCCCCAGAUUUCUGCUACUGUGUUUCCUGGGAAACAAGUAAGAUAUAUGUGCAGAUCUUCCCGGAGCUGAGGAACUGAGACUGUCCAAUGAGUUUGGUUUCUGUUGACUUCGUCAAAAGGCUGAAAAGCCUGCAUCUUUUAUGCUUAUUAACCUCAUUUUUAUAUAGAGAUACGGAAUUAUUAAUUGUAAAAAGAACCUAGAUCCUACAUUUUAUAUAUUAUACAACUCCAAAUUUUAG